UUCUGCCCAGACAGUGAAAGAAAAUGCAUUCUGUAGCUAUUUUGUGCCUUCUUCCUUUGGCUGUCUUAGCCGGUCCUGCUUUUCUUCCACGCCCAAGGCUCGAUGGAAGGAUUGUUGGUGGCUUCGAAGUGGACAUUCGUCACGUUCCGUACCAAGUUUCACUCCAGACUUCCGGACACUUCUGCGGUGGCUCAAUCAUUUCCCACAACUUUGUCUUCACAGCUGCCCAUUGCACUGAUGGUCAAGAUGCUUCACGUCUAAAGGUGCGAGUUGGAUCAAACGAACACGGAACUGGAGGAGAUUUCUUCAAGGUUAAGAAGGUUCAUCAGCAUCCAUCAUUCAACUACCAAACUGUGGACUAUGACUUCUCCCUUCUUGAACUCGAGGAAUCCAUCACAUUCAACAGUGUACGCUACCCUGUUCGACUCCCUGAGAAAGAUGAUGAUGUCUAUGAUGGUGCUCUUUUGCUUGUUUCCGGAUGGGGUAAUACCCAGAGCAGCCAGGAGAGCAAUAAACAUUUGAGAGCUACUGUUGUGCCAAAGUACAACGAUGAACAAUGCAAUAAGGCCUACACCCAAUAUGGCGGCAUUACAAAGACCAUGAUCUGCGCUGGAUUUGAAGAGGGCGGCAAGGACGCCUGCCAAGGUGAUUCCGGUGGUCCAUUGACUCAUGGAGAUGUCCUUGUUGGUGUUGUUUCCUGGGGAUUUGGAUGUGCUGAACCAAAAUAUCCCGGUGUUUACUCCCGUGUUUCUUCCGUUCGUGAAUGGGUUCAUGGAAUCGUUGGUUUCUAAUGCAAUCAAUUUGAAUAAUAUCCAGCAAUAAAAGUUAUCUAAAGCAA